UCCGGGAGCCACCGCGCGCGUACGAGGGACUCUCCUGCGCCUCUCUUUUUGCGGAGGGAGGGUUGGACGCCGCCGCCGAAGCCGCCCGCCGGUGCUCCUUCGUCCGAACGUCGUCUUCGCAGCAGCCCGACGUCGCCGAUGCCGUGACGGGACCUUCCCCUCCACUUCUUUCGCUCCCGCGUCGCUACGGUCGUCUCUGCCCCCACUGGCCGUCGAUAGUUUUGCUGUCGAAUAAGUGUUUUCCUCACUUUUUCCUUUCCUCUCUUUCGUUUUGUGUAGCCCGCGACCCUUGUACUUCUGUUCUCACUGGCUUGCUGUGGGGAACUUGAGGUUUAUAUAGCCUCGGCUGCUCCAUUCCUAUAAGUUCUGGUGCUUCAGUUCAUCGAGGCGCACUGAUGGCUGGUUGGUAGUGGCCAGUUUAGGGAGGUCAGCUUCGGUCAUCUUGGACUCGUUGUUAGUUGUAGUUAGUUCGUGGUGGCUCGGUCUUGGGAUUCAACCUAUCCUGUUUCUUGCUUAACAUUGUUUUUGCUUUUUUCAUUCUCGGUGCGCUCAUUAGACCAGGCUUGCGUAACCACUUUGAGUCCCAUGCUUGGGCCGUCUUUGUGGGAAGCUGCGUUGUUUCGCUGAUCGUUAUAUAAGCAUUUGACGAUAGAAGUGUAGUGAGUCGGAAAUUCGCCACCGGACACGCGAAUGGCCUGAUGAAGUGAUUUGUUAACUUCGGUGUCCGGCUUCAGACCUUCUUAUUAGUGUUUGUUUUCACCUGCUUGUAAAAUGUAGUUAUUUAGUUUUAUUUUACCGACAAAAGAUGCGAAGAAAUCGACCGUAGAAAAAAAAAAGAAAAGGUGGAUUGCGCAUGGCUCAUCCUAGCUCACCAAUCAACGACGACGAGACAUUUUCGGUCUCCGAGCUGUCGAACUUCGAAGUCGGCAACGAUGUAGGCUUCUAUGGCGUAGUCGUGGUCUCUUCAACGGGCACUUAGGCUGAACACCCGCAAGAAAGCGCGCAGAAGAAACUGGUAAUCCUUCCAAAACCUCCUGUACUCGUCAUCUUGGUUCUUUCACUCUCUAGCGUUUUCACAGCUUUGCUCUUUGUUCGUAUUUCCAGUUCCGCUCUUUCGCAGUCAACUGAAAAAAAAAAAAAAAUCCAGCGUGCCUCUUUUUUUUGCCGCGAAAUCCCGAACACGCGCGCUUUUGCUGUUGCCCGGUCCCUGUUCGGCGCGAACCACCUGUGGAAUCCCUCCUCUGCUUUCGGGUCGGAGUACUGCGUUGCUUUCGGCUGCUAAACCGUUGUUUUUCCGCUCUAGUUGCGGUUUUCACCGUGGAACGUUUGCGUCAGAAACGUUUGCUUCAAAGACGUCGGCCUCCAUCGAUGACGAAACCCCAUGCAAACCAGAGCGGCUCCCAGAGCUCACACCAACGUCACGCCAACGACUGUCGACUGUAAUUUGGGGAAGGAAGAAACAGCUCUCAAGCACUGCGCUAGCGCAUGACUGUUGUGAGGCUAUUCAAUCUCGACUGCAGCCAAUGGGAAAAGAAAACCACAGCUUGAGGUUACCGUGCCGUCUUCGUCAGUGAGAAAGGUGAAACCACGGAAAAAGAAAAAGGCGGCUCUGUCUUGUCUGUUGUUGUUACAAACCUAUCUUUGCAGUAGCCAUGAAAGUGGAUUCGUUAAAAAUCUCCUCUUAGAAAACAAACCAACAGCACGGAUCGCUGUGUGCGCUAGAACGACCGAACCACAUUGCUGGGGCUUCGAGAUUCGGGGAACAAGCAAUUUUUUACCUCGCUUCCAAGAUCCUCUCCUCGCCAAGCUGAAGACAUACCCCGAACGUACUUCGAUUGGACAGUUCAGAAAUCGUUGGAGAACACAUCCUGUGCACCUGAUUGAGGCUAAUGAGAGCACCGCCGUUUUUUCGUGCCUCUACAGGUGCGCGACAGAUGAUGUCGCGUCCUCCGCUCUAGUAUUGAACUUUUUUCCCAGAACCUUAAGCCUCUCCCCAUCGCGGAGCUCACUGUUGCGACGGUACCGCUCUGCUUUUUCUAAAGCUCUUGCGAGGAAACGGUUCGAAACAUGUAAGUCUUCGAAGAGCGAUUGCCACACGUUCUGCGGUCGUUUGUGCGUUACCGAGCCUCUUGUCGUUCGAUCCUUGUGGUUUACGAAUACUCACUCGGGAACUGUAGACCAGUGGACGUUAUUAAAACAGGCAGCACGUGGAGAGAGGAAACAAGGCGAGUAUUGGAGCAGACAGACUUGAACGCCGGAUAUUGAAUUAUGGAGCUGCGCUCCGAAGGGCACGAAGUGCACCAGACGCUAACAAAGUGGCCAUCUUGGAAACUCGCUUCAUCGAAGUCCCAAGAGUAGUCGGGACUCUCUGGAUACCAACCGUCGCUGCGCACGAUACAACAGGACGCCGAAAGAGGGUGUAAUCGACUCGGAACACCUUCGAGAGAGGGGCGCGAUGAACCAGUAACGUUCCGUUCGUUUUGCGUGUGCGCGUGUGGUAAGACUGACCGAGGACAAGCUGUGAACUGAACUGGCAGGACUCCUUCGCGCCAUCGGCUUGCGUCGAGCAAGGAAAGCUGCCUCUGCGGACGUGAUGUGCUGAACUGGGGGGUGUGGCGGCCGAGCGAUGAGCGGAGCGCGUCGUCCGUUCUGGCAGUCCCUGUGGAUAGUCCUGGUCACCUGGCAGUCGCUGCCCGCGCUCUCCUUCUUGGCCACGCCGUCCGCGCUGCACGCUGCCGAAGCUGCCACUCCGGCCAGAUCCGUCAUCAAGAUAGGAGCCCUCUUCACCGACGACCAGCGCUCAUCGGCGAUGGAGCUGGCCUUCAAAUACGCCGUGAUCCGCAUCAACAAGGACCGCAAUCUGCUGCCCAACAUCACUCUCAACUUCGACAUCCAGCACACACCCAAGGGAAACAGCUUCCGAGCGGCCAAGAUGGCUUGCAGCCUGAUCAGCUCGGGCGUGGCGGCCAUUUUUGGGCCCAACGAUCCGAUGAUCGGCGCGCACAUCCAGUCCCUCUCGGACUCGCUGGACAUCCCACACAUCGAGAGCAGGCUGGACCUCGAGCCCGACGCCAAGGACUGCUCCGUGAACCUGCACCCGGACCCGCACAUCACCGGCAAGUCGAUGCGAGACCUGGUCCAGUACCUCAACUGGACGCGCAUCGCCGUGCUCUACCAGGACGACAUCUCCCUAAUCAGCCUCCAGGAGCUGGUGCGGCCGUUCCCGCCCAAGAACGUGCAGUACCUCUUCCGAAGGGCGGAGAACUUCACGGCGACCCUGAUGGACAUCAAGAGCCGCGGCAUCUACAGCAUGAUCAUUGACGUGCGACCCGAAAACCUCACCGCUUUCCUCAGAGCGAUUCUACAAAUCCAGAUGAACGACUACAAAUACCAUUACCACUUCGCUACUUAUGACAUCGAAGCCUACAACUUAGAAGAUUUCCAGUACAACUUCGUCAACAUCACUGCGUACCGAAUGGUUGACUCGGAAAACCAGACAGUUCGGAACAUACUCCGAGACAUGGAGAAAUUUCAACCGUUCGGGCAAAACAUCCUCAACCGCACCAACGUGAUUAUCACGGAACCCGCCCUCAUGUUCGACGCUGUGUACGCCUUCGCCCACGGGCUCAACGACCUGCAACGAAGCGCCACGCUGCGCCCGGCCAACGUCUCCUGCGAGGACGAGGUCUCGUGGACCGAAGGCACCAGCCUCUUCAACCUCAUCAGCAUGGUAGAUUUUUAUGGCCUGACAGGAAAUAUCCGGUUCAACGAGGGAAACCGGACGAGCCUGAAACUAGAUUUGCUCAAGCUUCGCCAGAACUUCUUAGAAAAAGUAGGUGAGUGGUCCACUAGCGAUGGCCUCAACAUCACAAACCACAAUGCCUUCCACGACUUCGGAACCUCCAAUAUCACGCUUCGAGUGACUACCAUAGAGUCACGUCCGUACGUGAUGAUGAAGCAGAACAAGAACCUGACGGGUAACGACCGCUUCGACGGCUUCUGUAUCGACCUCCUUCGCACCAUUGCCGACUUGCUGGGCUUCAACUACGAGCUCUACCUGGUGCCCGACAAGAAGUUCGGCGUCGAGAACACCACCACGGGCGAGUGGAACGGCAUGGUGCGGGAGAUCAUCGACAAGAACGCCGAUCUGGCCGUAGCGCCCAUGACCAUCAACUACGCGCGCGAGUCCGUUAUCGAUUUCACCAAGCCCUUCAUGAACCUCGGCAUCGGCAUCCUCUUCAUGCUGCCCUCGGGCAUGCCCGUCAAGCUAUUCUCGUUCAUGAGUCCGCUGGACGUGGACAUCUGGCUGUACGUGCUGGCAGCCUACAUGCUCGUCUCCUUCACCAUGUUCAUCGUAGCGCGGUUCAGCCCCUACGAGUGGCGCACGCCACACCCGUGCGUACGGGACGCCGGCGUCAUGGAGAACCAGUUCAGCCUGGGCAACAGCUUCUGGUUCACCAUCGUAACCCUCAUGCACCAGGGCUGCGACCUCAACCCCAAGGCUACGUCGACGCGCAUCGUGGGAACCAUCUGGUGGUUCUUCACUCUCAUCCUUAUCUCGUCGUACACGGCCAACCUGGCCGCCUUCCUGACCGUCGAGCGCAUGAUCACCCCCAUCGAGAGCGUCGAGGACCUGGCCGAGCAAAGCAAGAUCUCCUACGGAACCCUGGACUCGGGAUCCACCAUGACCUUCUUCAGGGAUUCCAAGAUCGAGACUUAUCAGAAGAUGUGGCGAUUCAUGGAGAACCGUCCCGGAGUGUUUGUCAGCUCCUACGAGGAUGGAGUACAGCGAGUACUGCAGGGCAACUACGCCUUCCUCAUGGAGUCGACCAUGCUCGACUUCAUGGUUCAGCGCGAUUGCAACCUCACCCAAGUUGGUGGACUGCUGGAUUCCAAGGGAUACGGCAUUGCCACCCCCAUGGGCUCACCCUGGCGAGACAAAAUCUCUCUGGCCAUCCUGGACCUCCAGGAGAAAGGCGUCAUCCAGAUGCUGUACAACAAGUGGUGGAAAAGCCCUGGUCUUACCUGCAACCGAGACGACAAGAACAAGGAGGGCAAGGCCAACGCGCUGGGCCUGGCCAACAUUGGCGGUGUCUUCGUAGUGCUCCUCUGCGGGCUCGCCGUCGCCAUCCUCACCGCUAUCAUGGAGUUCUGCAUCAACUCUCGCAAACACGCUCAAACGGACAGGCAAUCGCUCUGCUCGGAGAUGGCCGAAGAGCUGCGGUUCGCCGUGCGCUGCCGGGCGUCGCGCCAGCGACCGGCUCUGCGUCGCCAGUGCUCCAAGUGCCUGCCAACCACGGCCGCCAACACGUACGUGCCGAGUGCCAUGGACCUGCACGCGCAGGAGAACGGCAUCAUGCAGAUGCUGGAGAUGCGCAAGUCGCCGCUGCACUUCGACUGCACCGACUCCUAGCACAGGGCCGCGGAGGGGGCCCACCACCAGUGCGGCGGCGCUGGUGGCGGCGGCGGUGGCGGCAGCAGCUUGGCCUCCUCCUCGAACUACGACGUGCCGCAGCUGUGCUACCUGGGCGCGCGCCCGUCGACGAGUUU